AUGAAAUUUCUAGAUCUCCCGUUGGAGAUAAUCUACCUCAUCACCGACUUCUUAGAACUCGACAGCGACAUCAGCGCUCUAUCACGAACGACACGCCAAUUGCAUGACGCACUCGACAGCUGUCUAUACAAUAACAAUGUGAAGCGCUACGAAGGCUGUGGCUUGGUAUCGGCAGCUCGACUUGGGCGACUAUCCGUCGCUGAAAAACUCAUCGACGCCGGUGCCCCGCUAGCCACAUUCAACCAAGCCCAGGCAAUAUGUUUAGCGGCUUUUUAUGGACAUGAUGCCAUAGUGAAGCUUUUCUUGGAACGGGGUCUUCGUCCAAAUGGACAAGAUGAAUGGUGGUUUCCGGAACUGGAGGACUGCUACAAGAUUGUAUCAAACGUUGUCAUGGAUGUCCAAGACUACUACGAUCCUAUUUUCGUGCGCGAGGAGGAACACGACCCAAUGGAUGUGGCUGUUAGCUGUGGGUACGACUCAAUGGUACAACUGUUGCAUGUCUACGGUGGAAUGGCACAAUGGGAUCAGGCCAAAGUUAUCAAGGCCAUGACCCAGAGUAUUUGCCAGAGCCAUCCAGCUGUGAUGAGAUUCCUCGAGGAGAAAUAUCCCGGAACGAUCAAGUAUAUGAUUCAAAAUGACCAAGCGCUACUGCGCACAGCCGGGAACACGGAGGUUGCUCGGAUUUUGAUCGAAGCCGGUGCUCCUUUGGAUAUCGCAUACUCUAAUGGGGAUACUCCUCUAACAACAGCAGUGGAGUCCGGCAAUGUGGAUCUUGUUCGGUUCUUGAUUGAGGCCGGGGCCUGUCCUAAUCCUGUAGGGCCAAAUGGAGUCACAUUGGUGCACCUAAAACAUGCUGCAGUGGCGCAAAGUCUGGACUUGGUUCAGUAUUUGCUGACCCAUGUUGAUGUGGAGAGCAAGAUCAGCGCUGGAGGCGAGGAUUUGGCUGUGCUUUUGCUGGUGGCUGUUGCCUGUGGAUUUGAAGAGAUGUUGGAAAAGAUCUUGAUCAGUGGAUGUCAUCUAGACAGAAGAUCCGCUCCCUAUCAAACACAGAUUUCGCCCUACAAAAAACAGGUUUUUCAACCUGCCACAGUACUUGCAUGGGCAGUGAAAAGGGGUGAUAUCAAAGCUGCUACGCUUCUUCUCAAAAACGGAGCUGAUCCCAAUGUUGAAAGGUCAGGCCAGACUCCGUUGAUCGCGGCCUGCAAAAGUGGAAACACCGACUUGGUGGUGUUACUACUCAAGCAUGGAAUUGAUGUGAACCAUACAGAUAGGAAUGGCAAACCUGCUCUUGUUAUAGCCAUGCGAUUUUCACCAAUAUUUGAGAUGAUUCUCUCUCGAGGGCCAGAUUGUCAGGUGGCUUUUAAGUCCAGAAAGUUCAACACAAUCGAGUGGGCUAUAGGGAGUGGAAAUAUUACUUUGGUUCAAAGGCUGCUCGACCACGGUGUUCCGUUGGAGAUAUCCCAAGAAGCAGCUAAGACGAGAACUUUGCUCACCGCAGCAAGCAGAGGAGGGGUAGCCAUGCUUCAAUUCCUACACCCAUAUGGUGUGAUAGCUCUUCCCGGCGACGAAGGGCAGAUCGCAAUGAGGUCUGCUGUGGUAAGGGGAGACUCACUAACCACGGAAUAUCUCCUCAAGCAAGGUUUUGACCCGAAUCCAGCGGCUGAUGAAUUUGCGGAUAUCCACGCCUACGGCCCCUGGUGCGGCGAUUACCACGAUCCCAAAUCCUACCUGAUAGAUGCCGCAGAAGCUGCCGACUCUGAAGCAGCAGCAGCGACCCUUGACGUACUUCUGCGUUAUGGUGCGGAUAUAAACAAAUUGGAAAAACCUCCUCGUUGCUGGUCAUCCUACCGGACAACCGCCAACGACUUCCCUGAGAGGCAAUUUGUCAGUCUUCGCCUUCUCCUGGAACGAGGGGCUAAUCCUCUUCCCGAAGAUAAGUUUGGCGCAUCAAUGCUGAAAUGGGGAGCGAGAGCGUAUCACAAAAGGGCUAUUCACCUUUUACAAUCGUAUGUCGACAAACGCAGUCUUUCCCUCGAUGAUCUGCAUCGCAAUCUGCUCUUGGUUGAAAAGUUAUCAAAGGAAUUGGACUCACAGAGCGUCCAGGGAAGCGGGUAUAUCGUCAGAGUCUGGAGGCAACUUUAUUGGCGGAAGAUAUAUCCUGUACCUAAAUGA